AUGCGAAACAGCGUACAAUCAGACUUAAAGUACAUUAAUAUAAUUAACAUAUCUGAAACUCUAUAUCUGUUUUAUAGUACAGGAUUAGAUACCCUGGAAUAUAUUGAUUCCACAUAUAAGAACUUUAUUAUAAUGUACGUAAAUCAACAUUUAUUAUAUGGAACAACACUUAAAUAUUUAAGUGUUGGAGAAUUCUUUAUAAAUAGUUUAACAAUAUUUAUAAAUGGUAUAAGAGAAACAAUGACUUCCUCAACUGUUAUAAUGUAUGCAAUAUUUGGAAUGUUCAUAUUCUCAGAAAUAAUGGUAUUUUCCACUUUUAUAUGGGGGUUUUUUCACUUCAGACUUUCUAAUCCAGUUAUGAUUAUUGAAGUAAAUUUAGAAGCCUUUUUGCAAAUUUCAGAUGUUUUAAAUGCUGGAAGUAUUUUAAUAUCAUUAAUUUUACAAAGAAUAGAAGAACGUGGCUAUUUUGAAGUAGACUAUAUGCUUGAAAGAUUAAUAUUAAUUGGAUUUAUAUUCUUAUCAUUUCAAGGUGAUGAAUACUCAUUGGUUAAAUCUUAUAUUAAUAACCAUUGGGUAACACUAUAUUUUAAUGUUUUAACAGGACUUCAUUCAUUACAUGUAUAUGUCGGAGGUAUUUUUGCUUUAAUGCAAGCCUUUGCUUCUGAAAAUUGUGGAUGUCAAAAAGAUGAAGAUUUUAAUGCUGGAAUGUAUUGGCAUUUUGUAGAAAUUAUUUGGAUAGCUUUAACAAUGUUAUUGUUUUUACUUUAA